AUGAGAUAUCAUCUGGUCUGCACCUGUGGCUCCAUAAGGACAGUACCAACCCCAGCAUUUUCUCCAAAGCAAUUUAAUAACCUCACUUCUAACAUCCUUUCUGGGAGCAGAUCAGAUUAUCUCUCAAAGGAGUUUCCCACUCAUGCACCUCGUCUAUCUUCCACUGUUUCCUUUCUUGUGCCUGAAAGAGAAGUCCCUUUCACAGCCUCUGUGGGGCAUUCACUGCCUCACCAGAAGAGACCUGCCAACUGGCCUGGGUUCACUGAAGCUGAAAGCCAAAGCAUAGCAGGAAGGGAUAAGGAUCUCACCUGUAACAUCUUGAAACCCAGGGUCAAGAGCACCUAUGACAAGAACGUGGAAUUCCAGCUGAACUCCAUUAGCUCCCCGGAGAGCCCGAGGAAGCAGAGGCGGUCCAGGUGCUCAAGAAGACAGGACGGGCACACUUUGGCACAACAGGGCAAAUGUGCAGGCGAAAGGUACAAGCUAAGUCACCCAGAAGAGGCCAGGAUGCCCCCAAGGAAGUCCUUGACCAAGGAAGCAUGUGAGCUCCCUGGUGGUCUAGUGGCUAGGAUUCGGCGCUUUCACCAACGAAGCAUACAGAAUAACCUUCCCCUCUGCCUUCAAGAUUCAGACCAAACUGUCCCUUCCUUAAUCCUCUUCCAGACAAGAUUAGUGGCCCCUCCUUUGCCUCCCAAGGAUCUCUUGCCCACCCAUAACAAUACUGCUGUAAUUUGACAUAAUUUUUGUGAGACUGUCACCCACAAAGUUCAGACCCAAAGCAGUGACGUAAUCAAAGAAAGAGUCCACCACCAAAAGCAAAUUUAAAAAUAUUUCUCGGACGAGGUGAAAGUGAUACUAGCAGUGCCUGAAUAAAUUCCUCCUGAGACAGGCUGGGACCUGGGCCCUUUACUGCAUUGCUUGCACCUGGACACACAUCUCCUCGAGCAACAGAAUGCAAAGAAAUUAAUGGAAUUUAAAAUAAUUGCAUGCGUGCCGCAAUCCGGGCAAUUAUGAGCAAUAAGAUAAAAGGCCACAAACCGACUGCCACUAGGUGCUGGGAGCAAAAGCAGGGUACUGUGCAUGAUCCCUGCGCACGGCACCACCAAGAGGGUGGGCAGAACACCUAAGCCACUCCUCCAGCCCCAUCUGCAGAUCUGCCUCCGUCCUCACCCCACUGAAGGAACCAGCCUGCCCUCCACGGAGAGUGAGCAAGGGCACCUGUUACUUGUUCUCACUCCCUCGUGCUGCGGCACAAGUCCCAGUAAAUCCUUGCCUGAAUUCAUCAUCUGGCCUCUUAUCAAUUUCUGUUGGUUAAAGUGUCCAAGGACCCAAGUCGGUAACACUCCUACACACCCACAGCUGUUGUCUACUUUUGUUAUUGUUCUCUACUUCUUAAAAAAAUAAAUAACUCUCCAGUUCUAGCUUCUUAGCUUUGGAGAGGAAAUGAAACUAAGAGGGGAGCCAGGCUGCUAGGCUUCCUUGAUGGGCUCAGCUGGGCUUCCUAGAUGAUCUAAGAGGACAAGCAGGGAGAAUGUGGAGAGAGAGUUACUAAGGAAAGAGCAUAAGAACAUACAUGAAAUACAAAAAUCAUCAUUUUAAUAGUUUUUAGUGCCCCACCUAGUUUUAUGUCUGGUUGGAGCAUAGGCACUGAAUAGGACUCAAGACAAAGGAAAAGGCCAGACAGUGACUGCUGCUAGACAAGGAGGAAAGGACAGCAGCAGGGGAGCCAGGAGUCAGGUUCCCAGGCCAGAGCAUCCUCUCCAAGCCCAGGCACAGCCCCAGCCAGGUUAUGUGUCCCAACAAGCAGCUCAGAAAAGGAACGUGGAACAGAGUAGUUCAGCUUUCAGGCUUUAGGUGCCACCUGCUGGCAAGAAGGCUCAGUGCCAGGAGUCACUGGCAGGGGAGGGGCAGCUGCUGGAGUCCAGCCUAGCCCCAGUCCUGCUCCAGAGGUCCCAGGGACCUGGGUGGCAUGGGGCGGAGGGGGAUGAACAACCAGAGAUGAACCAUAACCACGAAGAGAGGCACGAUGGAUAUGACGAUACCUACGGGGAGGGAAGCAGCCGUGUAUUGUUCUCUGUGGCUCCAGAAUGGGAAUUUUUACCAGCAAGUGAGAGGGUAAGAGUCACCAUUCUACAACUCUUUACUGAUCACCUACUGUGGGCCAGGCACUGAGCAAGGUCUUCAAGGAGUUUGCAGGAGGAAUCUAAAAGUGAGAAAAACAGAAAAGAAGCAAAAAGGUUAAGUACAAGCUGUGUGAGAGCACUUAGAAAAGCAGAAGGCUGUCUAAUCCAGAUUUGGAAGUUCAAGGCAGGCUUGCAGAGAAUUUUUUUUUUAUUAAAAAAAUACUGAGGGCUUCCCUGGUGGCGCAGUGGUUGAGAGUCCGCCUGCCAAUUCAGGGGACACGGGUUCGUGCCCCGGUCCGGGAAGAUCCCACAUGCCGC